AUGCAAGACGUCGUUGUCAUCUGGCUCGACAAUCAUAUCGAUCACAACUAUCCUGAUUGUCAGUUAACACUUACACAACUCCAACGCAUUGUUGACAACGUCAUCAUAUUCACGGAUAAUGAUGAAUGCGUCGAGUUUAUAAUCAGCAACAAUCACCAUCGAGUAUAUCUAAUCAUUUCUGGUGCACUCGGACAAUAUCUAGUGCGUUGUAUCCACGACAUUCCUCAACUACACUCCAUUUUCAUCUUUUGUCAAAACAAAUCCUAUCAUGAACAAUGGGCUAAACAUUGGAACAAGAUCAAAGAUGUUUUCAUUGAUAUAAUAUCACUCUGCCAAGCCAUUCAAAUCACGUUUCCUCAAGAUGAGCCCGACACCGCACCAAUCAGUUUUGUGCCAUCUGGCAAAAGACUGGAUCAGCUCAAUCCAUCUUUCAUGUACACACAACUCUUCAAAGAGAUAUCGUUAACGAUCCAAUUCCAAGACAAACACAUCGAAGAGUUUAUCAAGCAUCAUCCUGGACUAAUCACUCUCGAUAGUAAACAUUCCAGUGAUGUUAAGCAAUUAGUACGUGAAUACCAUGCAGAGAAGCCCAUCUGGUGGUAUACAAGAGGUACUUCGUUGCAUUCCAUGCUCAACUAUGCACUACGAAUCAUGGAUGGUGAUAUUCUUGUUCGAAUGGGGUUCUUCAUCACUGAUCUUCAUCGCAACAUUGAACAGUUGCACAAAGAACAGUUCGUUAACACAUCUUGGAGUUCUCUUGUGUUUACAGUAUAUCGCGGACAAGGUCUAUCUCACACAGAUUUUGACGAACUAAGAAACACAAUAGGUGGGUUGAUGUCAUUCAACAACUUCUUCUCUACCAGUACAGACCGCGACGUCUCGUUUUCCUACGCGGAAAGUAGUGCAGACAAUCCCAGGUUAGUAGGAAUCCUCUUCACAAUACGCGUCGAUCCUUCACAGUCAACAACACCCUUUGUUCGUGUUGGAAAUGAUGGCCACUUUUCAGAAGAGAUCGAAGUGUUGUUUUCAAUGCACACCGUGUUCCGAAUUCAUGACAUCAAAGUUAUUGGCACUGGUCGACCACUCUAUGAAGUGAAUAUCUCGCUGACUCUUGAUUCUGACGAAGAGUUCCGCACACUCACUGAUCAUAUUCGUCGCGAGAAUCAUAUUGAUGGUAAAGGAUGGACGCGAUUAGGCCAACUGCUGAUUGAAUUGGGUCAACCAGACACAGCUGAGAAGAUUUACGAUACUUUACUAAACCAAACAUUAGAUGACAGCGAUGAGGGAGUGAUCUGUCAUCAACUUGGUCGUAUCCGAGAUCAGCAAGGCUUGUUUCAGGAAGCCAUAACAUUAUAUACUAAAUCACUUAUGCUUCUUGAAAAGUCACUACCUGUAAACCAUCCUACUUUAGCCACACUAUAUGUUAACAUCGGUUUGGUGUAUGCUAGUAUGGGUGAUUAUCCAAAAUCACUCGAAUACUAUGGGAAAGCUCUUUCAUUUCAACAACAAUCACUUCCUGAAAAACAUCCUGAUUUAGCCACAUCCUAUAACAACAUCGGUUUGGUGUAUUCUAGUAUGGGUGAUUAUCCAAAAUCAAUCGAAUACUACGGGAAAGCUCUUUCAAUUCAACAACAAUCACUUCCUGAAAACCAUCCUCAUUUAGCCACAUCCUACAACAACAUCGGUUUGGUGUACGAUAGUAUGGGUGAUUAUCCAAAAGCUCACUUCUAUUGUGAACGCGCUGUUCAAAUUGUCAAAUGUUCAUUACCGUCAAACCAUCCAGACCUUUUGAUGUACAAAAGAAACCUGGAAUGUGUGAAGGAUGCACUGUGGCGUUCUUCUUUGACUCAUAUAAAAUAA